GUUGUUGAAAUAAAAAUAUUUAUAAAUUUUGUUAAAUCUGUGCAUUGCACGGGACCAUAAACUAGUAUUGCUAAAUAGUCAUUUGUAAAAAACAAAAAUAUAAUAAAAUAAAUGAAUGCCAAUUAGUCUAAUACUUCAAUGGGUUAAAGUUUCGAAAUGAUCCAUUUACAUAACCAGUCCAAUUCAGGUUAACCAAUCCAAACUCUGGGUUGCUCAAGGCCUCAAGUACUAACCGAAAAGAUGAGCGGGAACUUAACCCUCCAAGUUCAGUUAAAAAAUUCCAAAUUUAUUUUCUUUUCCCUCCUCGUAGAAAAAAAAAAAGUUGAAAAGUUUAUCCAAUCCAAAAAUAAAAAUAUUAAAACAGUCGUACAGUAGUACUACAAUAUAAAAACCCUAAAGCUUUUAACACAAGCCAGUAACUUCCUCUAAAACAAAAAUUUCACCCAAAUUCUCUUCCUCUUAUUCCCUCCAAUUUUUCUUUAUUCUAUUAAUUAUAAUAGUUUUCUGAUUAUUACUUAAUUAAUCAAGUUUUAUGGGUAAACGGGUGCAAAACAUGGCCGUUGAUCAUCCUGAGUUUCGGUCAGUAAAAGCCGAAAAGGUGAACCGAACCGACCAUUUUCAAGUGCCACCACCAAAACGACGCCGUUCUGAUCGGCCACGUGGCGGCGGUGAUGAACCGGUGCAGAAACCGGCGGUUGACCGCCGAGUUAUCCGGUCUCACUACGCAUACUACAAAAAUCUCAUUCAUGAGGAGAAGGAAGAAUUAUGCAAAGGAGAUUCGAAUAGGUUCCAGAAAAUAAUUAGAGAAGUUGACGAUUUAUAUGAUAAUGUGACAACUACAAGAGAGCAAGUAACGGAUGCAGAGACACUGCUAGACAUGGCCAACACCUUAGUGACCACUGCAAGGUCAUAUUCCAAAGAUGGCCUAACCCCAUUUGAUUUCAUAACCUCUUUGGUUCGCGACUUUGGAGUUGUUGAUGGAAGGAAAGACGAAAAGGACUGUGCUUCGAUCAAAUGGAAUGCCAUUGGUGUGCUUGUCUGCCCCAUUUUCAAAAAUGCUCAAGGCUGUUCUACAAUGACUGGACUGAUGAAAACUCAGAUCAAGCCAAGAAAGGCUAUUGUUCGAAAGAAACGAACAAGGGUUACUGGAAGUGCUGCUAAGCCUGAAGAGGUGGAGAACUCUGGUUCAGACCACAAAAAGGACACAGAUAAGAACAUGGCAACCAUGUUUAACAUCUUGAAGAGUAAAAGAAGUGUCUGCCUCGAAAACUUGAUUCUGAACAGGAAUUCAUUCGCACAGACUGUUGAGAAUUUGUUUGCUUUGUCUUUUUUGGUAAAAGAUGGGCGUGCUCAGAUUACUGUUAAUGAUAAUGGGACUCAUCUUGUUUCACCAAAGAAUGCUCCUGACUCGAGUUCAGUGACUUCCAAGGAAGUUUCAUACAACCACUUUGUCUUCAGAUUUGAUUUCAAGGACUGGAAGCUGAUGGCGGAUUCAGUGCCAACUGGAGAAGAACUAAUGCCUCAUAGGUACCAAGCGAGUGUUCCGCUGUCUCAGGCAGACACAGUGCCAAAUCUUACUCCAGUUGCAAUUCCGACUUCACCAACAACAAAAGCUCGAAGUAGUGGAGGAGGAACCAUGGUUGUAGAGCUCUAGCAGCAACAUUCUGAUCCUGGCUGACUGAUCAUUCAGUGCAAAUAGUUAUUAACAACUAACAAGCAUAGUUUUGGAAGCAUUUUUUGUGCAGUGGCAUGUUUAUGAGGGUGCCAAUAUGUAUUUUAGAUGGACUAGUAACUCUGUAAGUAUAAUCAUGUGCAGAGGAGUAACAUAUUGUAAUGAAUCUAGUUUUAAGAAGCAAGUAAUGAUUAUUUUGAGGUAAACUUUAGACUUCUGAUUUUUUGAAUUAUUGGGAAAAGUUUAGAGUAAGCAAUGUGUUUUUUUUUUUCUAAUUGCUUCUUCCAAUCCUCAAUCACACAUGAUUAGAAUUGGACUUGGUUAUUGGCUGGUCGGAUUGGAUCAAUGAGGGUUGCUAUCAGGUUGCCUUAAAAGGGUCAAAAUAGGUGGGGUUGAUAUAGGUGUUAACUUCAAAACUUUAUACACUCAAAGAUAAAUUGGUUUUAAUGAUUUAAACUUUGACGGUUUAUCUUUAAAAUAUUUCCAAAUUUCGAUUAUAUUGGAAUAAUUUCAAUUUACCUAUGUUUUUUUAAUAGUCCCAACCAAU